AUGCCACAUGCCGAAAAAGCACAUUCAGUCUCAGGUGUCCGUAGUGUAUUUAAUGGUAUUGGAUCUCAAACAAUGUUUGCUGCACAAACUGGAUUUAUACCAGACCUUACUGCAGGAGAAAUUCUUGUCAAAGUUCGUUUAGCGUCAAUCUGUAUGAGUGAUGGUGAUGGAAUGCUUGGUUUAUAUACAUGUGCAGCUCUUCGUGAACAUGGUUUUGAAAGAGUUUAUUGUUCUGGAACUCGUUUACAACGUUCAACAUUCAUAGAACAAUUUGGUGCUAUUCCACUUUAUAAUGACGAAAUACUUGAAGAAGAAACAAACAAGAUUGAUGUUGUUGUUGAAGUAUGUGGUGUACCAAAUGUGGUCAAUGAUGGUUUAAGAUUAUUGAAACCUGGUGGACUAUAUCUUUUUGUUGGUAUGGUUCAUCCACAUUCACAAUUGAAUAUUACGGGAGAACAAAUUAUUCGUAAAUGUUUGACUAUCAAAGGUAUUCAUAAUUAUGCUCCACGUCAUCUUGAUCAUGCUGUUCAAUUUCUUGAGAAAACAAUAAAAAAGUAUCCUUAUGAAGAAGUAAUUGGACCAACUUAUGAUUUAUCUGAUUUAUCACGUGCUAUGCAAAUUGCUAUUGAAAAACGUUAUGGUCGAGUUUUAGUUAAGCCAAAUGUGCUAACAUCAUGA